AUGCCCGUCGUUUCACGUCUCGCCUCUAUUCCCCUCCGUAUCGCGGAGAUCGCCUUCGCUGCGGUUGUCGCCGGUAUCAUCGGUCACUACCUACACUCGUUCCGCGAGAUCGAGCCAUGGCCCCAAGGUCGCUGGAUUUACACCGAGGUCGUGGCCGGCGUCUCUAUACUUUUUGGCCUGCUUUGGCUAAUUCCAUUCUCAUCGGGCUUCUUUUCCUGGCCCCUUGAUGUGCUCAUCUCCUUCGCCUGGUUCGCUGCUUUCGGUCUCCUGGUCAACACAAUCAACCAGCUUCCUUGUGGAGGUAUCUGGAACUGGAACUUUAUCCGCCACCGCAACGAUGUAUGCGGACGCUGGAAGGCUGCCGAGGCCUUUGCCUUCCUGUCUGCUAUCGUCUGGCUCGUUUCCGCACUCGUUGGUAUUUGGUUCACUUUCCGCAAGCGCGACUCCACCGAGGGCACCACCCGACGUCGUUGGGGCCGCAACCGUGGCGCCGAUGCCGCUUAA